AAAAACUUCUGAAGGUUCUAACAGCCCUCCUUCACCUGUAUUUCGGAGAGACCCAACGACAAGGGAAACUGAUAAACAACAGCGCAAGAGGAUCUUUGCUUAUUCUUCUGUUUGACUCUCUGUCUGUUUAAAUAUUUCUCUCACUUGAUCUCAGCCGUUUAUCUUUUAGAGUAAAGAAAAGAGAGGAAAAUAGAAAGGGAAGUUCUUUUACUAGAACAGGAGGUUUUUCUAUCCAACUUGGACUUCCACCUCACUCUUUUUUCUCCCUCUCUCUUCAAGCCAUGAAACAAGUAUUGGACUUAAGCAACGGGAUGUCGCUGGUGGAUGGAGAGAUAAAUCAUAAAUGGUGCUUUAUGAACAUUGCUCUGGAUAAGAUAGAUCCAAACAUAAUUUGUUGAAGUUGGUGGUAUUUACUGAAUUGAUCUAAAUGGGGACAAGGGAAGAAAGCACACCUGCUAAGCCUUCCAAACCAGCAUCUUCAAAUCAGGAAAUACCCGCAACGCCUUCAUAUCCUGAUUGGUCAAAUUCUGUGCAGGCUUAUUAUGGUGCUGGAGCUACCCCACCUCCCUUUUUUGCCUCAACAGUUGCCUCACCGACGCCUCAUCCCUAUAUUUGGGGAAGCCAGCAUCCUUUAAUCCCACCUUAUGGAACCCCGGUUCCAUACCCAGCUUUAUAUCCUGCAGGGGGAGUGUAUGCCCAUCCAAACAUGGCCCCGACACCAAAUUCAGCACCGGCAAAUACAGAGUUGGAAGGAAAGGUCCCUGACGGAAAGGACCAUGCUUCAGCUAAAAAAGCUAAGGGAACUUCAGGAGGAAAAGCUGGAGAGAGUGGAAAGGCUAUUUCAGAUUCAGGAAAUGAUGGUGCCUCCCAAAGUGCUGAAAGUGGUACAGAUGGCUCAUCUGAUUCCAGUGAUGAGAAUACUAACCAGCAGGAAAAUGCUGCAAACAAGAAAGGAAGCUUCAACCAGAUGCUUGCAGAUGCCAAUGCACAAAGUAACUCAGCCGGAGCAAAUAUCCAGACUUCUGUGCCUGGGAAGCCUGUGGUGUCUAUGCCUGCAACUAAUCUAAACAUUGGGAUGGACUUGUGGAAUGCAUCUCCAGAUGCUUCUGGAACUACAAAAAUGAGACCAAAUCCAUCCGGUGCCUCAUCCGGUAUUGUUCCUGCUGGAAUGCCUGAACAAUGGAUUCAAGAUGAACGUGAAUUGAAAAGACAGAAGAGGAAACAAUCUAAUAGAGAGUCAGCCAGAAGGUCAAGGUUACGUAAACAGGCAGAGUGUGAAGAGUUACAAGUCAGGGUAGAGAAUUUGAGCAAUGACAAUUGCAAUCUUAGAGAUGAAUUGCAGAGCCUCUCCGAAGAAUGCAACAAGCUUAAAUCCGAAAACGAUUUCAUUAAGGAGGAGUUGACUCGGUUGUAUGGACCGGAAGCAGUAGCUAACCUUGAACAAACCAACCCCGUUUCAGAUCCAAAGUCUCACGGUGGUGAGGGAGACAGUUAACAGUAAAGACUGAGGCAUGAAUUGGCAUCCGGAAGAGUACUUUCUCGAACUCCUCCCGGAUAUCAUGAUUACCAUUAGUCGAGUAGAGGACCUUUGGUUUUCAUGACUGAUCCAUGCCCUUAACCCUUCAGUUGUAACGGCAAAAUUUACUUGCAAAUCAUAACUGGAGCUAGAAACCUCAAUGAAUCCAUGCGCAUUAUUGUAUUAUUAAUUCAAUCAACUUCGUUGGCUGAAAA